AUGAGUGAGGCUUCUCCUAUGCCAACUCCUAUGAUCUCAUCCUUACAAUUAUUGUCUACUGGAUCAGAAUGUUUUGAGGAUCCCAAACUCUUCAGGUCAGUUGUAGGAACUCUACAAUAUGUUACUAUAACUCGACCGGACCUAAGGUUUGCUGUUCAAAAGGUCUCUCAGUUUAUGCACAGUCCUCUUUUGGCUCACUGGAAGGCUGUGAAGAGGAUACUCAGGUACCUACAAGGGACAAAAGACCAUGGUUUACUUCUACAUAAGUGCAGGGAUUACAGGUUGUAUGGUUUUUCUGAUUCAGAUUGGGCAGCAGAUUUAGAAGAUAGGAGGAAGCAACCAACUAUAAGCAAGACAUCUACUGAGGCAGAAUUUCAAAGCCUAGCAUCGUGA